AUGAAGCUGUUUCUGGUUCUCACUAUUCUGCUGUUUGAGGUACCCAGAGAUGCCGCACGACCCAAAAAAUGCUUUAGUAAUAUAACAGGCUACUGCAGGAAGAAAUGUGAAAUGGGGGAAAUAUAUGAAAUAGCAUGUCUCAAUGGGAAGUUAUGUUGUGUUAAUGAAGGCGAAAACAAAAAAUAUCAAAAAGCCGAAGAGUUUCUUCAGCCUUCAAUGCAGUCUGAUGAGAAGCUGGACUAUGCCAUUUUACCCACCGUCACAAUUUUCACAAUCCAACUAUAA